UCUCCCCACCUCAGAUUCUUUCCAGCACUCCAGCAGCCUGCCUACCCGGAGCACCAUGCCUAGGGGCAACAAGAGCAAGAGCCGCUCCAGGGCCAAAAGGCAGCAGGCCCGUGUAGAGAGCCAGAAUCUCCAGGGUACUCGGCCCACUGCAGAGGAGGAAGCAGCAGCGCCCCCUCGUGGCCAGGGAGAGGCCCCUAGCUCCCCUGAUGUGUGCACUCCUCAGGCGUCCCAGGAGGCUGCAUCCCUUGACUUUCCUGAGUUAGAUAUACCAUACUCAGGCUAUGAUAUUGUUUCUGAGGGUUCUGAUGCUGGUGCUGAGGGCUCUGUUGCAGGUGUUGAUGAGAAGCGUGCAAAUGCCUGCAUUAUAGCAGAAGCCAUCGAUUCUGCACGCAGAGAUCCUAUGACCAGGAAGGCCAGCAAGGUACUUCACUAUCUUCUGGAGAAGUACCAGAAGGAUGAGCAGCCUACAGAGGCAGAUAUGUUGAAGCUGAUCAGCAGGAAGUACAAGGUACACUUCCCCUGGAUCCUGGAGAAAGCCACCUAUCAGCUAGAGGUAGUCUAUGGUCUGGAGUUGAAGGCUGACAAACAUAACAGUCAGUCCUAUGUUCUUGUUAGCAAGUUGCCCAUCCCCCCUGGGGAUAAUGAGGGUGGCAUGAGAGAUUUGCCAAAGACAGGCCUCAUACUGACCCUCCUGGGAAUGAUCUUGAUGAAGGGGGAGCGUGCCAGUGAGGAAGAGGUCUGGCAGUUCCUCCAUAUGCAGGGGAUAUAUCCUGGGAGGAGGCACUUAAUUUUUGGGGAGCCCCGGAAGUUCAUCACUGAAGAGCUAGUUGAGCAGAAUUAUGUGGAGUACCGCCAGGUGCCUGGUAGCAAUCCCCCAAGCUAUGAGUUCCUGUGGGGUUCCAGGGCCCGCAAUGAAGAAACCAAGAUGAAAGUCCUAGAUGUUUUGGCUAAGAUCAGAAACGCCAUGCCCAGUUUCUACCCUCAACAGUAUGAGGAGGCUCUCAGUAACCAGGCUGAGAGAGCAGCCAGUAGAGAUGAGGCUUCUGGAUACCAUGCUGCCAGGGUUCCCGCCCAUGCCCACUCUAGCAGCUACUCCCACACUUAGAUGGCCCUAGGUAUAGCUGUCACUGUGCUGAAGAACAGCCAAUUUUCUAAGUAGUGGGGUGUUUAUAAGUAGGAGGGACAUCACUAAGAGUAUCUUCCUCUUCUGUUAGGAAUAGGAUAAGUGAUAAGUAUCUUUUGUUCUCUGUUAGACUGUUAAUACUCAUGUAACUGAAUGUUAAUUUGGCUCAUGUAUGCUUCUUAACCUUACAUCUGACACAUUUAUUGCUCCAUGUCAAGGUUAAGAAUAAGAUAUUUGGGGUUUUAAAUUUGUUGGAAAAUCUUCACAGAUUUUAGUACGUGUGAGAAAACAUGACAUGGGAAAAAGUUUCACAGAAUUCAAUGUGCUGUAUAGUUAGUGAAACAAAGUAAAGUGGCCAAUUCAUCCUGGCCUCUGUUG